CCCUUGCUGCCCAGGCGAGGAGACCCCGCAGCGAGCUGCCAACGCCCGGAGGAGGAGAGCGAGAGCGCCCUGCGUGAGAUUAAUCUUGGACCUGAUAAAGUAGCAGACUUCAGCUAUGCAGACGAUUAAGUGUGUAGUUGUGGGUGAUGGUGCUGUUGGUAAAACAUGUCUUCUAAUUUCUUACACAACAAAUAAAUUCCCCUCUGAAUACGUACCAACGGUGUUUGAUAACUAUGCUGUAACAGUGAUGAUCGGUGGAGAGCCAUAUACCUUAGGCCUCUUUGAUACAGCAGGACAGGAAGAUUAUGACAGAUUACGGCCCCUCAGCUAUCCACAGACAGAUGUGUUUCUGGUCUGUUUCUCAGUGGUCUCGCCAUCUUCAUUUGAAAAUGUGAAAGAAAAGUGGGUACCUGAAAUCACUCACCAUUGUCCAAAGACUCCCUUUUUGCUUGUUGGGACCCAAAUUGAUCUCAGAGAUGACCCUUCAACAAUUGAGAAACUUGCCAAGAAUAAGCAGAAGCCUAUCACUCCUGAGACUGCUGAAAAGCUGGCACGGGACUUGAAGGCUGUCAAAUACGUGGAAUGCUCUGCACUCACACAGAGAGGUCUGAAGAAUGUGUUUGAUGAGGCUAUCCUAGCUGCCCUCGAGCCUCCGGAAACUCAACCCAAACGGAAAUGCUGUAUAUUCUAAAACAGUUUCCUCUUUUUUUCCUUUCUUGUUGCUGCUUCCUCUGUCCUGCUGCUGUAGAAAGUUGGUUGAAAAACAAAUAAAACCAUCCUGACUGAAAGAAGCUGUGUCUUUACUUAACGUCUUAGAGCAAACUCUGUAUUAGCUUUUGGAUUGGAAACUGCUUAUACAAUUCGUUAUGGCUAUGGAACAUGAACUGGACUCGCUUAAACCUUUUGCUUCUUGGGUUGCUGGAUCUUUAAUAGCUUUAUAAGUUAGGUUGCUAAGGGACUGAAGGUCUAUUUAAAAAGUUAAACUUGAGAGGAAUAAGUGAAAACCUGGUUAAGAGUUUUUAUAUCCAAAUGAGAAGUGAUGUGCAAUUCAUUUUCUCUCUUGUGGCUCUGUUAACUGUAUUUGCAUGAUGAUUGUACCUGACAUAGUGACCUGCAAGUGAUGCUGAAAUGGUGAAGGAUUUUCUGGUUUUCCUCUGUGCAGUGGGGCUUGCUGUUGCUUUGGCUGUUUGUGCUGUAGUGGAGUAUUUGUUGGUCCUCUAAGUGGGAGGGGAAGGAAGUUUGGUGUACCUGCUACUGCUUGACAGACGUCUUAACUUCUGUUUUCAGUGACACAGUAUCACUUAUUUUUACUCAUUCUCAAAACUUGCAACUGUAAAAUGUAAAGCUUUCUUUAAAACAAAGUCAUACCAUUUGGCUUCUGUUGUCUGAAGGAAGGAAAAGACAUACAAUUGUAGUUCUUUACAUUUCAAAAUUAAAAUUAGUUGUUUGUAUAAAUGCCUGAUGAAGCAUUAUUCCUGUCUGCAUUCAUUUGCUUCAGUUUAACAUUUAUACACUAUAGUACCUACCUGUUCAUUUUCCCAUUAUUGAAGUCUACUACCAUUCCUUGCUUCCAAGUCUACUUCUGCUGCUUCAGUAACACAUGGUACGUCACACGGCUUGGCUGAUUUGUGCCAAAGGAUUCUCCAUUCUUGCUUGCUUGCUAAUCUAACCUGGGUGUAACUUGCCCCCUUUCCUUGGAUCAUUACUUCUUUUCCAACACAGGGGAUAAUGCAUUGUCAUUGGCAUGUGAGUUGUAAUAUUACACACACACACACACACACACACACACACACACACACGGUCCAUGGGAAUUGCUUUAGUAUAUAUACUUCAUUUCUUGAAAUAUUGAGACUUGCUGAAAAUGUCCUCAGGCUGUUUUAUGGGUGCUCUGUAUUAUUAUCCUUUCAAAAAACUGAUAAACAAGGUUCAAACACCCGGAAAGGAAUAUUGCUUCACUGCAGGAUCUUCAUCUCUACUCAGUCUUUAACUUUGUCUUUGUGGGCUUUUUAAAACAGUUUGCUUUUAAUGACCCAGAAAAUGAGACAGCCCCUUUCUCU